AGGUCCUGUUGUAUCCUGGCGGACACAUGGGCAGGCAGAAAUAGAAGCAUCACUUCAGGCCCUCCAGCUGACCUCUGGGCUACGUCCUGGCCGUGGGGCUUUGUUGUUGGUGGGCCAGCUGAACAGUGUGCAUGUGAGUGAGAGGUGAUGAAGUCCAGCAUGAGGCAGUGGCGGAGGCUGGUGCUGGUGGCAAUGCUGGCUUGGGUUCUCCUCUUCCUCGCCCUGCUGUCUUACUUCCUGGAUGCUCGUGUGGAUGAGCCCCUGACCUCUGCUGGCUCUUUACUCUCCCAGCACCCCGACACGCGUCGUCUGGCCUCCAUACAGGCCUCCCAUCAGCAGCAUGCCGUCCUGGGCUCCCGACCUGAGCUAGCUUUGCCGUUGACCACAACGUAUCCCAGAGAUAAGCUUGAGCUGGAGCCUUCCGCCAGCUCUACGACACCAGAGACCAGCAUGGAGGUGAGCCACAACCCAAACAGCGCUCCUUACGCUGUUUAUGGGAGCCAGGAAGCGAGCCGGCAGGACUACCUGGACCCACAGAGCCUGGCUGCCUGGUCCUCCUUCGGUACUGAGAAUGUAGGUUCCCACUCAGACCCUGUAGUCCAGAGUCGGGAGAGAACAUCUCAAACCAUAGAGUAUCAGAACCAAAUCAGCGCCACUCGUUACCAAGGUGGCGAGGAAGAGGAAGACGAUGAGAGGGAAGAGGAAGAGCUGGGAAACAGAAUGAGGACUACAGCAGACAGGAGGGCCGGUGGAGACUCCUCCGAUCUGGAGGAAUAUUAUUUCUCCAAGUCGGCCUCCGUGGUGCAGCGGCUGUGGAGGGGCCGCGUAUCCGCCGGUAUGCUGAGUCCCCGUCUGCAGCGCGCCAUGAAGGACUACAUGAGCGCGAACAAGCACCACGUUUCCUACAAGGGGCAACGCAGGGCAGUUCAGAGUGCCAAGGAGCUGCUGUGUCAGAUGAAAGCUCAGGCCCGGCUGAGGACAGUGGACGGGUCCGAGCAGCCCUUUUCCUCGAUGGGCUGGGCUCGACUGGUGCCGUCCGUCCCCCUGGAGCAGCUGCAAAGCAGGCAGGACCAGAGCCACUUCAAGACCUGCGCAGUGGUCACUUCUGCUGGAGCCAUCCUGCGUUCAGGACUGGGCAAAGAGAUUGACACUCAUGAUGCAGUUUUACGGUUCAAUGCUGCACCUACGGAGGGAUACGAGAGAGACGUGGGGAACAAAACCACUAUACGCAUCAUUAACUCGCAGAUCUUGGCAAAUCCCAAGCACCGAUUCAACACGAGCUCUAUCUACAAGAAUGUAACUCUGGUGGCCUGGGACCCUGCACCUUACACUAUCAACUUAAACAAGUGGUACACCAGUCCAGACUACAACCUGUUUGGCCCUUACGUGGAGCACCGCAAGCUCCAUCCUGACCAGCCCUUCUACAUCCUUCACCCCAGCUACGUGUGGCGACUCUGGGAUGUGAUCCAGGGCAACACUCAGGAGAACAUCCAGCCCAAUCCCCCCUCAUCUGGCUUCAUAGGUAUCCUCCUGAUGAUGGCGCUGUGUGAGCAGGUGCACGUCUACGAGUACAUUCCCUCCAUGAGGCAGACGGACCUGUGCCACUACCACGAGCGUUACUACGACGCCGCCUGUACACUGGGUGCCUACCAUCCCCUCCUCUUCGAGAAGAGCCUGAUCCAGCGAAUCAACACGGGCCCCGAGAGCGACCUCAGGAGGAAGGGGCGCGUCACUCUUCCAGGCUUUAGCACCGUCAACUGUGACAUCUGAUAUAUGAAAGUGGACUCUUGGAGCCCGAACACACACACACCGACACACAUAUACACACACUCUGGCCUUUUCUGGCUGAUCAAGGGAGAGGUGCAAUAAAGCCACUGCAGACAAGGAGGCUGAAGCUUACAAGUUUCAAAUUAGACCGCUGAAGAGCAUAAGCCAUAGCCCUCCAGGGAGGGAUCAACAUGGAGGUUUCUGAAAGACCUUGUCUUCACCGAGAUGGUUUAACUCUGACCAGAGACUAGAAGGGAGAAUCUCCGAGAAGGAGCUGGAAGAAUAUAUAUAAAAAAAGGACAUUUUUCUCUGCUUUAGCUGAGCCACGUUAGCUGUGGAGCUGACUAGGGUAGCAACAGAUUCAUGUUUUAGAUAGACAAGUGAAUUUUCAAUAACUGGGUGUUUCAGUGGUGUAAAGUCUGUGUUUCUAGAUAGUAUGGGUGGUUCUCCACUUAGAGGAAAUGCCACUGUUUAUAAUUGCGGAUGAGGUUGUUGGUUUUUUUUUCUUUCUUUUUUUUACUGGUCCAAAGGGUUGUGAAUAAAAACAAAGAAGUCAUCCACGCUGAAUGUCUAAAAUGUCACACAAUCGCACACACUUUCACAUGAAGCAGCAACACGUGCAGAAGAACACGCCGUGUGAAAGGCAGAUUUCCAACGGAAGUCGAGCCGUCGGAUUACUGUACAUAUCCUCCUGUGAAAUCGGUUUCAUUCGUGUCGUCACGAGGGGUUAAUUUCUCACUACUGAUGCGGUCAUUGCUGAAUUACUGUCCUGUGCAUGCUGACUGACAACCACCAGUUCGCUACUUCUUGUUCACUUUUUUUUAUUUUUUUUUGUUUAGGGUGUAAGUGUGUAAUUAAAUCAUAAAAAGCUAAAUGGGGCCAAAAUGGAUCUUCAGAAACAGGUGCUCAGAACAGCCGUAACCCUGUGCCUAGUGGUCGACCGAACACUUCCCUCGGGUUGCCUUGUGACUGUUCGGAUACAUGCAGUACAUACUGUGGCAGGACUGCAGUACCAUUCAGUUUGAUUGCCAUGAGAUGCGGAGAGCGGUCGAUACUUUCUGAAGCGACACGUAUCAGGGGAUUCUCAGCUCUGCCUCAGCAACCACCAGCCCCCCCCUUCGUCCCCUUCUUGUUUUCUUGAUAGUCGGUUCUCUCUUUAUUGAAUGUAACUUUACCACUGCGUACUACGGCCAGACCCUUUGCUGGUGUGCUUACGUGCAGCUCCUUGCAGGGUUAUUUCUUGUUAUGUAACCGCAUGAACUGCAUUCCCUACAACUAUAAAUGUCUCAUAUUUCCAGAGUCCUCUAAUAUUAGUCUGUGCCCAUCCGUAGCUCCGAGUGGAGGCGAUUUGAAAAGAGGAAUUUGGACCGGUAAUAUCUUCAGAUUUCCUAUGUCUCCAGGUAGAAUGAUAUUUUUUAUGUUUACAGUGAGCCAGUGCCACAUCUGCAGCUAGCUCUAGAGGUCAGUGUGAAAAACCGAGUAGGUUGUGCUUUUAUUAUUUUUUUCUCCUUUGUCUUUUUUUUUUUUGCAGUUGGAAAGAUUUUGCCUAUAACAGAGAUUUUUAUUACUAAAUGUGCUAUUCUACAAAAUGUGCUCGUGCCAUUUGGUUGUGGUUUGGUGAAAGAUAUGAACUCGUCACAGAAACGUUCCCUUGAGUAGUUUGAUGUAAAGAAAAUGGCUCUGUAGUUGUCGUAUAGUCGUGUGUAGAUGAUUCUGGGGUUUGACCGGGGCUGGGUGUUGAACAAAAUGUGUCCGGACUAGUUGCCCAAAUCUCUUUUUAUAACUCAGACUUUAUCCGAUCAAAGAAAGAAACAAGCGUCUGUCCAAAUCUUAACCACGUUUUCAGUGCUCAUAUUUUAUAUCGCAACAUUCAUACAAUGUAAAUUGUAAACAAGUAAAUUUUCUUGAAAUUGAACUGAGAAACUGCUGUGCACAUGUGCAGUUUGUCUCCUUGAUUAAAUGACUAAAUGACGAUGACUAAUUCAGUGAAUUACAGGCAUAACAGAGGUACUUCAUCACAUUGAUGCAAAAUUCUGUAAAUCAAAUAUUGUCGUGAAAGCAUUUUUCCCACAAUGAGAUAUUGAUGAUACAAUAAUGAACAGUGAUGUACUGUAUCCGCGUCGGUGGAAAUUCUAUAGAGUCACUGUAAAAAGGCAGACAUAUGGUUUCAGGUUAUAUUUAUGGUUGUGUUUUCCAGAUUUGCUUGACCGGCGAUGAUGCUUUGAACACAUUUUGCUCAGAAUACAAAAAGUACUGCAGCUUGAUACCCAGCCCCAGACACUUAUAGCAAAGGAACCCAGUGAAGUCAACAUCUUAGUUAGUGGACUGUAACAGAGGUUUUAAAACUGGAGUGAAGAAACAGUUUUUCAAAGCUUAAGGAGAUUCCAGCAUUCAUUUGAAAUCAUGCAGGUUUUCGGCUCUGCUGUAGGUUUUUCUGUUUCUCUGUUGAGGUAAAUGAUAAAAUGUUUUAGUGCUUGUGAUUGUAGCACACUGAAGGUGCAAAAAGCCCUGAACAUAUUGUACAUGUAUAUUUCUAAUAACUGAUUUCUCUUCAAUGCACAGAGCAUGCAAAUCAGGAUCAGGGCUAAGUCUUAAACUGUCUGUGCUGUACUGUGCUGCAAGUAGACACCAUUGUCAUUAAUGUUGUGAGAGGCGAUUGUGCUCAAGACUUUCUUUUCCUUAAGUGAUGUUUUGCAGAUUUUAAUGCAUGCUUGUGGAUCACAUCCGGCUGCGGUGCAGCUAUCAGCAGUUCCCUGGAAGCACUUGACCGAGUGCAACACUUCUGGCAACUUCAUCUUUGCAUCUUAAUAUUGUGCCAAAUUACAUUUUUAAUGAUACCUGAGUUGAGUGGGUGAACCGCGGGGGGGGACUCAGAGUGACAGCGAGGUGCUAUUGCUUCUCUCUGGGAUGCCUAAGGUCAAAAUUAAUUGAAUUUUUUUAUCCUCCGCAGUUUUAUUGCCAGUAUUAAAUACGGGAUGUUGAACUGAAAACUUGUCAUGUUUGGUGGUGGUGAAGUAACGAGGUGAGAAAACACUCCGGUUUCUCCUCUCAGCCUCCUUUUCUCUGUUCUUAAAUCUUGAGGCCUGUUUUUCAUUUACUAUUGUGGGAAUUUCUGCACCACACUGCCUCUGAAGGAUUGUUAAACAUGUGAACAAACAUUUUCUACAUUUCCCUUCUGCAGCUUCCUGCAAAUAUUCCUAAAAAGGGGAAGGAAAAAAAAAACAGAAGCAUCCAUGUCUGAACGUAAUAAGAGUGAAGGUCCUGUUUCACUCCCAACAGCCUUAGGGUGUUCUAGAUUUUUAUUUCAGUGAAUUCUCUUCUUACUACACUUGAAUUGAUAUUUAAAUAGACCAUUUGUAUGAUUUCAGCUGUUGUAAUUUGUCUUUUUUUACUGUGUAAAUAAAGCCGUUGUACAUGUCAAA